AUAAGCUCAUUGGGAUUCAAGAUGAUGGAUAAGCGCGAGGCCGAUCAGCCGAAGCGGCAACAACCGGAAAGGAAGAGCGAAAGUAAAGAGGAGAGAUUGGAGGGCAUUCCGUUGGAGACCAGUCCGUACGUGAAUUACAAGGACUUGGAAGAUUACAAAAACCAAGCCUACGGAGCCCAAGGCCAUCUCGAGCCCAAACCCAGCCGCGGAGGCGGCGGCGGUGGCUCCACCGACGCUCCCACUCUCUCCGGCGACGCCCUUUCGUCGGUGAUCAACCGCCAAGGAGUGCCCUGAGAUC